AUGUCCAGGUGCGAUAAGUCCGUCGGGAAAAGAAACAACGAAAGCGAGCCCACCGCACUUUUGUUCCAUAGGAAAACAGUCGUUCGGCGCCGAAAAACGGGUCCAACAGAAUUAUGUUUGCGCUCAUUGGGUUCCGAGAUUCUCGGGCCUUAUCAGGAACUGAGGGAUCUUGAAAAAAGAAAUCGAAUUCACAAGACCAAAACCAGAGAUGGAAACGAAAGAGAAGAACUGCUUUUUGGAACAAACCGAGCGGAAUUCGGAUGUCUCCGACGCAAUACAUAUUUGCAUGCGCAGAAUGGUCAAGUUAACGACUUGAAUGCACCGGAAAAAAGUAUAGUUGUAGUGUAAAGCAAAGGAGAAGGCAGCCGGCUGCGUAAAUCGACUGCAAUUUCGUGACUUUUUUGCGGGACGACAUUCCACUUACCCGUGGCGCGCGCUUUCAGUGGAUAGGUUUUUUUUUUGAGAAAAGUUUUCGUUAUUUUUCUUUUAAUCUUUUAAAUUGGUUUCAGAUUUUCUAUCUUGUCUUUUGUGUAGUGAUAUGCGGCGAGUGAUGAUGAAAUGUUUAAUUAUUUCGAAAUUUCGUGAAAAGCUUGAAAAAAAGGCUUGAUACGGAAGGAAAAAAAAGAGUUUUUCAUGUUGUUUCGUUGUUUUAUCGUCUCGAAUCAACUAUCUCACUGAUUAAUUUGUUUUUUAAGUGCUUCUUUGCUUUAGGAAGUUUUCAGCAAAAGUAUUCACGAAUUUGGUCUUUCUUUAAAAUUUUUUUAACUCCGAAAAUACUUCAUUUCUUUGUUUCUUAUUAAUGUUUCAAGUUUAUAUUUUAUAGUAUGUUUUGAGUUAUUUCUUGAAAGUUCAUUAUAUUUCUGAUCUACUUUAAUCAUGUGCGAUUUUUCUUGUCAAUUUUUCGUCUUUUCAACUUUUUUUUUGAAAGUUUUACUGUUCAGAAUGCUUCGGCGGUUCUGCUCGAGUUUGAACCGAUUUAAUAACAGUCGCAGAUUUUUGAGCUCGACUGGAGAUGGAGAAGACAAGAAUGACGGAAAUGGGGUUAAAAUAUAUCAUUUUUUUUGAUUUUUUUCUUAUAGUGAAAUCUUGCAGAAAAAAAGCCUCAAAGCGUUAAGCAAGUUCUAGGAGAAGAUAUUCUGAAAGCAGUUGGCGAUGUUGUAGAUGAUCUUCAUGAGAAGGGCACCGUGGAGAAUAAAAAGUUGAAAAUGAAGAAUAAAAAUAGAGAAAAUAUUAUUUAAGUUUAGAGCCAAAAGCACGUUGAUAAAUCGGCUCGUUUCUCAUGAAAAGGCGACUUUUGACGCGGCUUCCGCUUCGGCCAGCAGUGAAAUGCUCGACGAUUCGUCCUUGUUGGGACUUUUGUCCGAUAUUGCCCAAGACGGACAGAAAACGGUCAAGAAAGUCGCGCCGAGGUGUGAUUUUCGAAAAAUCUUGGAAAAAAAUGAUCCUCCAUGUUGUCCCUACCCUCAUUGCCUUGAAAAGAUCGGAAAAAAAUUCAAUUUUGAGCGCCAUUUUCAGCUCAGUUUCCAUUGAUUUAUGCAUAUUUUUUUGAAAAAUUUUUCUCUAUUAUUCAAAAAGACAAGUUAACUAUUUUCACCAGAUAUUAACAGUUUUCAUAAGAAAAACAUUUUUUUACUCGAUUUUAGGAAGAAAAAUUUUUCUUACUAGUCAGAUUUUCAUAUAGAAAUUCAUUGCGCUUCAUCCUUUUAAUUUUGAAAAUUCGUGUUUUUCAGAUUUUUUUUCAACGAAUUUUUCAUUUUCCUGACUUUUCUACCUUUCAUAAACGUACAUAAAGUACAAUUUUCGCAUUUUCAAGAUAAAAAAAGUCAUUAAAACACCUAAAUUCAGAGGAGCCCAGGCGAGACAAGAAAGACGAGGCCUUGUACUGCUCCGAAAGGAGAUUUUCUACCAAGCCAUUCAGGUGAUUUAUUUUUUCUUUUCGAGAAAAACCACAUUUUUUGAUUCCAGAGUGGCUACAAAUCCGAAGAAGCCCGCCAAAUGUCGGAAAAAGUGGUCGACGAGGCCCAAAAUCGGCUGAGAGAACGGCGAAACGCCGUUCUGAAGGAGAAUAAGGAGAUUCUGGAGAAGGAGGCUGUAGAUGAACAGGCCAAGGAUGAAAGGGAGAGGAAGCUGUUCGAGCUGGCCACGCAAACGAUCGAGUAAUGGCUUUGGCUUAAUUUUCGUGAUUUUGAACGUUUUUGAAAGACAUAUAGCGCUAUUUUUGAAGAUUUUAGAAUUUAUACGACUUCAAAAUUCGAAAAAAACGAGCAAUCCUGACAAAUAUUUUUCUUAGUUUUCAUAUUUUGAAACUCAAAAUGGCGAUUUUCGGGAAUUUCGGAUAUUUUUUUGAAGCGAAUUUCGAGAGUUUACAUAUUUUUUUACGGCUUCUAACUAUUCUUUGUUUCAAAAAUAAGGACAAUUUUUGACAAAUAUAUUCUUAAUUUUCAUGUUUUUGAAACGUUUUUUUGAAAGACAAAAAAACUCAAUUUUUCGGCUAAUUUUGAUACUUUUUAAGGCUUUUUCCAGAAUUUAAAAAAAGUUUAUACGGCUUCUAACCAUUUUUUUUUUUUGCAAAAUACGGACAAUUUUGACAAAUAUACGCUUGGCUUUCCACAUUUUGAUACGUCUUGAAACCGCAAAAAUGGCUCAUCUUUCCGAAAUUUUUGACAAUUCGAGCUUAGUUUCAGAAAUUCCGAAGUUUGUAUGUCUUUCAAUUGUUUUUUUGGCGUAUUUUUAAGUAAGUUUUAUUGGUUUUAAAAUUUUUUUUAUCAAAAAUACGACCAAAUCUGCUUAGUUUUCUUCAUUGUGAAACACCUCAAUAUAAAAAAACAACGACUUUUUGGGAGAUUGUGAUAGUUUCUAAGGCUCUUUUCGUAAUUUAUCAAGUUUAUAGGGCUUCUAACUGUUUUGUAUUGCAAAAUUACGAACUAUUCUGACAAAUUUGCGAUUUAUUUUCAAGAUUUAGAACGUUUUGAAUGACAAAUCGCUCAAUUUUUGGAAUUUUUUGAGUUCAUACGGCUUCAAAAUUUGAAAAACGCGCAAUCCUGACCAAUAUGUGCUCCAUUUUCAUGUUCCGGAACGCCCUAAAACCAAGAAAUGGCUCAAUUUUCGAAUUUUUAGAUAGUUUUUGAGCUUAGUUCCUGAAGUUUUGAAGUUUGUAUGGCUUCAAAUUAUUUUUUGACGUAUUGUCAGUGAUUUUCCAGGUUCAAAGGUUUCAAAAUGUUUUUUUGUAUUGAAAUUAAAACGAACAAAUCUGAUGAAUAAGCUUAAUUUUUCAUUUUUGGAGCGCCUCGAAACAAGAGAAGACCAUUUUUUGUGAAAUUUUGAUAGUUUUUGAGGCUUUUUUGGAACUUUCCAAGUUUAUACGGCUUUUUCUAAUUUUUUUUAUUGAAUUACGUAAAAAUCCUGACGAAUAUAUGCCUAAUUUUCCACGAUUUGGAGCGCGACAAAAACAAAAAAAUAGCUCAAUUUUUUUGGAAGUUUCCGAAAUUUUUUUAUGGUUUUUGAAGGUUUUCAAGUAGAAACAGCUUUUUUUCCGUUUUUUUCAUUUUAAUGAAAUUUUGAAAAAUUUAAAAAAAUGAUCUGAAAUUCGAAACUACGAGAAAAAAAUCGAAAUUUGAGAAUUUUUUUCUUUUUUUCUAGUUAUUUUUUUUAAAAGUAAGAAGACAGGUAUCUUUGAAUUUUCGAAAUAUUCGUAUUAAAAAUAAUCUUCUUUGGAUUGAUUUAUGAAAUCGCCCUUGAUUUGAAACAUUUUGAAACAUUUUGUAGUGUGGAAUUGUAAUAAUCUUGUCAAUUUUAAAGUUUUUGGGUUCUGAAAAAUAAAGAAAAUUGAUUUUCUUCCAGAAAAAUCUAUCAAGACGACUUGACAACGGGAACGAGUCGGCCCGUGGUGAACGUCGAUGAAAAUGCGCCGAAAUUACUCGGCGGCCAGAAGAAAUUGGGAAUUUUCAAGACUUUGGAAGGGACCAGCGAUAACAGCUUGGGAUUCUGGACCGAGUGGGAUCGGAGAGCUGCCUUGUGAGUUUUUGGAAGAUUUAAAAGUAAUUUUUCAGCUUAAGAAGUAACUUCUAGCUUCUGACUUUCACAGAUAAAAGUUUAAAAAACCGAAAAUUUAUUAUUUUUAAAAUUAUGUGAGGUUUCUCGUUCUUGAAUGUUUGGAAACAUUUUGAAAGAUAGCGUUUUUUCAGGGCUAUUUUGUUUUUAAAAAUUCAUAUUUUUCGAAAAUUAGUAUAAAGGAAAAAUUUAUUAAAAUUAGAUUACAAAGAAAAAAAUGCGAUUUUCUGCUAGUUCUAUGAAAAAUUUUUCAUCUUUUGUACCUUUUUAUGACACGUUUUUUUUAAGAAGUGAAAAAAAGCCACUAUAGGGGGUCAAAAAAAUAUAAAGAUCUUUGAUUUUUCUGAUUUUUAUAAUACAAAAAAAGUAUGCAUAGGGACCACUAGAAUGCUUCCCUAGAGUGGCCACUCUAGCAAGCUUUAGUGCCCCUCUAGGGAGAGGUUAAAAAAAAGUUGCCCGUGGAGCGCAAAUGUACGCAAAAUGUCGAUUUUUUGUUUUCCUUGCGAAAAGCGAAAUUUUCAAAACCGCUAAUGAAAUCCCAAUUACAUAAUAAUCCGUUAGGCUACCGCAGAGAGCAAUUAAAAUUCCUUUAAAAAAGUAAACUUUAAAGAAACUUCCAGAAACGUAGGCAAACCUUGACAAAUCGUCGUUUCUCCAUUGAGAGAGAGAGACCAGAAAAUCGCGUUUUUUUUUUCAAGAAAGCCGUCGAAUGACCGAGAAAAAAAGAAAGAAUUAUUUUGAAACGCCACAGUGGUCCCUAGAGGGGAACCUUCAAGGGUUCAUAAGGUCACCCCUCUAGGGACCACUUGGGCUUUCAUUCGUAUGACGAUUUUCAAAGAUUUUAAGAUUUAUUUAUAUGAUUAUUGAUUUUUUCAAUUAACCAUCCUGCAGAUUAACCAAUAAAUCGUUCGGCCCGACGAAUUCCUUCGAAGAACAAAUCCAGUGGACAGAGCAAGGGAAACAGUGGCCCUAUCCGAUCGAUAACGAAUAUUUGAUGGGCGAAGAAGAAAAUGUAGCACUUUUGAAUGAUUAUUAUCAAUAAAUGAGAUUUUUAGGUUUCCUUCAUCGACCAUAUAUUCUUGGAGCGGCAUCUUCCAGCCCUGGGAAUCCCGAAAACCGGCCCGAUUGCUCAUUUUAUGCAUCUGGUGGGUUUAUAUAGCCCCUUUUAGGGAGUUGAGAACAUUUUGGAGUGGCCCCUAUAGGGAUUUUGAUAAGGCACAACAGGGGCCCCUACGCUCCCUAAAGUUUUAGUGGAGAAAGCACUAAAGGGUCCACUAAGAUUUUGACCCCUCUAGGGGUCCCCAAAGCCUAGGACCUCUCCAAAGGAAGCACUAUAGGGGCCACUAAGAUUUUGACCCCUCUAGUGGUCCCUAAAACCUAGGACCUUUCCAAAAAAAAGCACUAUAGGGACUCCCUAAUUUUGACCCCUCUAGGGGUCCCUAAAGCCUAGGACCUCUUCAAAGGAAGCACUAUAGGGGCCACUAAGAUUUUGACCCCUCUAGUGGUCCCUAGGACGACAAAGCCCUAAGACCACUCUGAAGAAAGCACUGUAGGGACCCCUGAAAUUCGGGCCAUUCUAGAGGUCCCUAAAGCAACAAAGCGCUGAGACCUCUCCAAAGAAAGCACUAUAGGGACCCCUUAAUUUUGACCCCUCUAAAGGUCCCUAAAGCCUAGGACCUCUCCAAAGGAAGCACUAUAGGGGCCACUAAUCCCUAUGAAGGUCCCUACGGCAAAGCCCUAAGAGGACCCCUCCGAACUUUCCCAGAAAGGCGGGACUUCUCUGCGCUUUCUCAUUUUGACGAGCUAUUUUUCUGCCGGUGAGAGAACAGAGAGACGCAGACACUCUAUCUUUUUUGAAGAUGACUUGAAAAAUCUUUAUAUGAACAAAAUCUCAAUGAAAAACUUUGCAGGUUUGCGUCGGCUUGUCGAAAAAUCCCUAUAUGACGGCCAAAAAGAAGCGAGAACACUUGGAAUGGUUCGCCAACUAUUUCAACGCCGAAAAACAGAAAGUCGUCGAGAAAUUACACGAACAGGAGCAAAUCGCCGCCCAAAAUGCUCAAUAA